AUGGCAUCAUCAGUUCUUGGUGCUGAUGCCACACUUAAAGUUCUAUACAUGAAACUGCUUGAGGCUGUAUCUGGCCAUGGUAAUAAUGAACACAGGGAAGAGGCUGCUUUAUUUUGUAUUCAGGCCAUGUCAAAGUAUGUGUCAACUGUUGAAGCAGAAGUAAUGCCUCGGAUCAUGGCUUUGCUUCCAAAACUUCCUCAUCAACCACAACUACUUCAGACAACCGUUUUCUCACAAAUACUGAGGAAUUUACAGCCCUUCCCGAUGAAGCCGAUGAUUUUUUCUUGUUGGCCUCAAGCUGUUACAGAUGCGGAGCGAUCAAGAUUCUUCUUAAAAGCUCUUUCUGAUGCAGCAUCAGACGGCGAUGCUGAUGGAGUCACACUUCCUGUUGAAGAGUUCUCGGUGUUCGCCGACGUAACAGAGCAGUUAAGGACAUAG